CAGAUUAUGAAUGUGUACUAACUACCGCGCUUUGAAUCGGGUUACCAUCAAGUCUCGCUACCCAAUUCUGCGUGCCGACGAACUCAUCGACCAACUUCGUGGGGCCCGGUUCUUCUCCAAAAUUGAUUUGAAAGGCGGUUACCACAGAUUCGCGUGGACGAAGCUGACUGCUACAAGAUGGCAUUUCGGACCCAUUACGGAUUUGACCAUGAACGAAAUUUUCCGGCCUCUGAUGGAUAAGUGUGCCAUCGUGUAUCUCGACGACAUCCUGGUCUACAACACUACCCGGGAGCAGCAUUUGAAGGAUUUGGAAACCGUUUUCUCUCUCCUGCAGCAGAAUCGACUCAUCACCAAAGGUCUAAGUGCGAGUUUUUAAAACACGAACUAGAGUUUUUGGGC